UGUGUAACUAUAUUCUCUGUUUUCAAAAUAGUGGAGAUGGAAGGGAGGAGAGGCAAGAUGAUCUUGAGAUGCAAAUUUAAAUGGGUUGUCCUCCAUAAAACAUAAAACUAAGACUCUCUAUCCCUAAAAGAAAGACCAACGCCUUUGAUCAACCAUGAAGAAGCUCUUCAAGUGCCUGUGGAUCUUACUGGGGUUUGUACUGGUUGUGGAAAGAGCAAAUGGACAAGAAGAGAAUGCAGCACUUUGGGGCGAAACUACUCAGUCAUCAGUGGAUUACGGCUAUCAUUCUGGAGUUGCGGUGGAUGGUUUGAUUGACACCUACACUCACACUUACUGGGAGACCAACCCGUGGUGGAGAGUGGAUCUACUGAAGGUAUACAGCGUGAACAGAGUGACCAUCACUAACAGAUACAAC